GGAGGCAAGGAGGUCGUUUGUGGCCUUAUGACUCGACUCACACCUAGCCAUUGAGCUGCAAGCUUAUUUAAUUUAUAGUGCUAGCUGGACAGUGCAUGUGUUUUAGACUAGUAGUCCAUAAUGGCAUUUCUAAGGGUAAGGCUCUGUGAGGCCAUUGUAGACCACACUAAACCUAACGACCCCUUCUGUGCUGUCAACAUCAAAGAAGCUGUCAAGUCGGACGACGGCGAACUAAGUCUACAACAAAAGAAGAAGACCUUCUACCCGAUAUGGGGCCGUUGCUUCGACUCACAUCUGAAGCCAGGCCGUCGUAUGCAAAUUCUGGUAAUGGACAGAGCAGAUAUACCUGGGGCAGAUGCAACACCUGUGGCUGAGGUAUCUGUGGAAACCGAGCACCUUGCUCACGAGUGUUCCGAUGAGGAGCAAGGAGUUGCAGUCAAGUUAGCGCUGGACUUGAGACCCUCAGGCAAGGUCAUCAUGCAAGUCAAGCUCUACGGAUCAGCACCAGGAAUGGACGAGAGCACUAUGGAUGAGAGCACUCUUGACCUAGCCUCUCGCACUCCUGAGAAGAUGAGCUCUCUCAAUAAGAACGCGACUGCCCUAAGAGGUCGGAGGGGUGCGGUCAACAGGAAACAGGCGGAGACUAAAGAUAUCAAAGGUCACAUGUUCAUUAAGAAGUUCUUCAGACGACCAACCUACUGCUCUCUCUGUCACGAGUUUCUAUGGGGAUACACAAGGCAUGGAUAUCAGUGUCAAGUUUGCCAGUACACGUCUCACAAGAGAUGUAUUGACUCCAUCCUCGGGAAGUGCACUGGAGCGGAUACAAUCAGCGACCAAUCUAAAUACCUGAAAGAGAGGUUCAAGAUUGACAUGCCUCAUCGCUUCAAGAAGUACACGUUCCUCGGACCCACCUUCUGUGACAUGUGCGGCCAACUCAUGCACGGUAUAUUCAGACAACAACUCAAGUGCGAAGCGUGUGGUACCAACUGCCACACCAAGUGUGCCCAGAACAUGCCCCCUCUGUGUGGAGUCAACGAGAAGCUUCUCUCAGAGGCACUCAAGAAUGUCGAUGAGAUAAAGAGAAACAGAAAACUGUCUGCUGGCAGUGAAGGUGCUAUCAAUGGUGGUGGUAAGAAGCUGCCCUCACCCAUUCUCCCCUCGGUUACUGAAGGACUGCCCAUGGAGAACGAUGAGUAUCAGGAGGUCACUGAAGCCAUGUUGAAAGCUUCUAUGAAACCUGAUGUCCCCAGUCCUAGUAAUAGACACAGGCCGCUGGCAUCCACCAAUGAAGGUACACCUCCCCCUGUCCCCCCGCGUACCUAUAGUCAGAGGGGGCAGUCAAACGGAGGACCUGGUCGCCAUAGUUACAGCCACGCCCCUGUGAGCAAACCAAUGAGGAAGUAUUGUCUGGAAGAGUUCCAGUUCUUGAAACUGCUGGGGAAGGGAAGCUUUGGCAAGGUGCUACUUGCCCAGCAGAUUGGCAGUAACAAGUUCUAUGCAAUAAAGGCACUAAAGAAAGAUGUGGUGCUAGAAGACGACGAUGUGGAGGCAACAAUGGUCGAGAAGAGGAUCCUCGCCUUGGGCAGUGAAUGUCCAUUUGUGACCCACCUCCACUCUACAUUCACAACUCAAAGCCACUUGUUCUUCGUGAUGGAGUACCUCAACGGUGGAGACCUAAUGUUUCACAUUCAACUACACCACAAGUUCAAGUUACCCAGAGCAAGGUUCUAUUGUGCUGAGAUACUGGUAGGGCUGCAGUUCCUCCACUCCAAAGGAAUCAUCUACAGAGAUUUGAAACUGGACAAUAUUCUGCUCGACUGUGAUGGCCACUGUAAGAUUGCUGACUUUGGCAUGUGCAGAGAGAACAUAUUCGGGACAUCUACUGCCGGCACUUUCUGUGGAACCCCAGACUACAUUUCCCCCGAGAUAAUCAAGGGCAAGAGGUACACCUUCUCAGUGGACUUCUGGUCAUACGGUGUGCUCUGUUACGAGAUGAUCACUGGGCAGUCACCAUUUGGUGGAGAUGAUGAGGAGGAACUAUUUGACUCCAUCUGCAACUCUAAGAUUCCUUAUUCCCGCUUCCUUGACAACCACACCAUUGACUACCUGGACAAGCUGCUCCAGAGAGACCCGGCAGUACGCCUCGGCUGUAUAGAGGACCAACAGCCCAUCAGGAAACACCCGUUCUUUAGGAGUAUUGAUUUCAGCCGUCUUGAGAGGAGAGAGAUAGCACCUCCUUACAAGCCCACUGUGAAAUCUUCUCAAGAUGCGAGCAAUUUCGACGAUGACUUCACAUUCCAGCCGGCCCAGCUAACCCCACCCGAUCCACGCCUCGUACAAUCCAUUGAUCAGACUAACUUUGUUGGCUUCUCCUUCACUAGCGAAGCCUACAACAAGCCCUAGUGCUAAAAACAGUGUAUUAAUUGUGUAUAAUUAUAUAACGUAUACACUAUAAGAUUUUUACGAUUUUGAAUUCAAGUGAUUUAAUUUUCAUGCCUUUUUGAGUUGUUGUUAUACUAACUAGAUCGAGGUAGAGUCUGUGUUUUUUGUGUGAAUCAUGAUAAUAAUUAUACAUAGCUACAUAUGUAACUAAUUAUACUUUUAUAAUUUUGCUUUGAUAACAUUACCUAAUCAUUUCUUCUACACUGUAUUGUGUCACUGUUAUAAUAAUUAUAUACAUGUUAUUAAGAACUGC